UGGGGAGGGUCGCUGCCCCCACCCCAGGGUUACGACUGAUGAUCAAACCAUCAGUGCAGUGGAUCCAUCCUGGACAAGCCCCCACAUGAAACGGCAAUUCUCCGUCCGAUUGGUGAGCUCGUUGCUGCUAGUCCGAGAGGAUGGAAAGCACACCAGGAGCCUCGGAGACAAAGUGAAAAAGUCAAAGUGAUCUGAGAGCAACAUUGCAGCUUUCCAGUCCAGUUCAUAGGUCUGAGGAAGUCUCCCGAAGACCUCCAUUGUCUGAAAACGUUUUCAGAUCUUGUUCGAUCUGUUUGAGGUUCCUGAGAGCAAAGGACACAUGGACUCAGCCCGCGUCGGUCCAGGUGGCAGAGGCAGCAGCGGCGGCUCAGAGAGGAUGGCGUUCGCGGCGCUGUGCUGGGCGCUGCUGCUCCUGGCGGGGGACUAUGCAGCCUCCGUGGAGCGUGCAGAUGGUGGGCCUCGAACACCAAACUGUACUCGGUAUCAGUUACCAGGGUGCCCCAAGAACCUUGACCCCGUGUGUGGCAGUGACCUGUCCACGUAUGCCAACGAGUGUCUUCUGUGCCUGAAGAUCUGGGAGGACAGGCGCGACAUUAAAAUCAUCAGCAAUGAGCCAUGCUGAAGGCAGCACUUGGAGCCGAAGAGACAAGACGCCUCCCUCCUGGAUGGUGCACCCUCCCUCUCUCCCCGGCUUGCUUUGCAUGAGAUUUGUUAGCCCACAUAUCAAGGGAGAGGAGGUGUGGAAGAGAGUUUAGUAGAAAACCCUUGUUUCUUUGCUUUUGCCCUUUAGUUCAGCUUGUGCAUUGCUUUAUUUAGUUGGAAUAAAAUCAGCAUCAAAUUCA